GGCAACAGCAGCACCACUUGGAAACAUGAGGAGGCUUCUAGGCAGCAGCUGGAGUAAAUUUGGCCAUGCUGGUAGGGGCACCUAUGACUGGAUGACUAGUGAGCCAGAACUACCACUUGCAGACACAAAGCUGCAGAGCAAGCAUCCGAAUGAAAUCAAUUCUACCAAAGAAGACCUACAGCCCUUUCUGUGUAUCAUACUACCGACAACUGCUCUGCUUGUAGUAGGGUUCUUUGUCCUGUUCUUGUAUCGGAGAUGCAGACGUAAGAUUCCACAGAGACAAAUCUUUGCCAUAGGCCUCCAGGACAAUGCUCCUGACAGAGAAAUGGAUUUCUUUCCGACCUUGCCUUGGAGCAUAGAGCCUUUUCAUUACUGUACAUUGGUGCCCGAUGCCUCUUUUUUAACAAUAUGCUUACCUCCACCUUAUGAAGAAGCAAUUCUAAAGACAUCAAGUGACUCUUGCAUUAGUAUCUGCCCAGACCCUGUGCCUCCCUAUGAAGAGAGACCACGCAGAUCAAGUAACUAAUGUUGUGACCACAGAAUGUAGCCUUCGCGCUGGGCUUCAGCUGGAACUGGAAGUCCAUGGACAACUUUUGGUUUAGCAGCUUCAGAACUUUUAAAGGGCUUCUUAUAACUUUUUUUCUUAGAUUGUACAAACUUAAAAAUGUUUAAAGCAGCACAAGUGUGGUCUAGCAAAUGCAGCAGCACCUUUUGCAGUAAGCAAUAUUUAUCUUUUAAACCCUGCUGGUUUGCUUUUCUGCAAGUAUAAUUUUUGGUGUUAAACAACUGUGCCGAUUUUCUACUUAAUACAAAGACUAUUAUGCCAACUUUAAUUUCUACGUCUAUUUUUUUGUUAAUAAAUAUGAGAUAGAGUAUUGGUAUAUAGUUAAUUAACAAUCCCUCAGGUCAGAGACACUUAAUGAACCUAAAUAAUCAACUGGAACUAUAUAAAAAUAAUAAUUGUGACUCCAGCUAUAACCAAAAUAAAAGACAGAUAAAAGUAAA